GACCUGGGGUCCUGGAUGCGCCUGGGACCGCGGCCAGGACUCAGCCCCCCGGCCCUGCAACAUGUACCAGGGCAUCUCCGCACCGGUACCCCGCCCCCAAAAGGACCACGCGGUGCCGAGCGCCCAGGAUCAGGAACUGGUGCUCAUACGUGGUGACCCGCACCAUCUCAUGCCACGUGCAGAACGGCACGUACCUUCAGCGAGUGCUGCAGAACUGCCCCUGGCCCAUGAGCUGCCCGGGCAACAGCUACAGAACCGUGGUGAGACCCACAUACAAGGUGAUGUACAAGACAGUGACCGCCCGGGAGUGGAGGUGCUGCCCCGGCCACUCGGGGGCCAGCUGCGAGGAAGUUGCAGGCUCCUCUGGCUUCGUGGAGCCCAGGUGGUCAGGCAGCGCCAUGCGGCGGAUGAUGCUCCGGCCCACAGCCUUCUCAGAUCGUGUGGCCGUGCUGACUGUCACCCAGCAGGAGGUGCCCCCAACCCCAGCUGCCCCCGAGGACCCCGCCCCUCUCUGGGGCUCCCCAGCUGCCCAGGGCAGCCCUGGAGAUGGAGAUCUCCGAGGGCUGCCCGGAGCCAGAGAAACCCCGAGGGCCCCGCUGCUCCCUCGAGAUGACCGAGUUGGUGCCCGGGGACUUCCCGGGCCCAUUGGCCCCAAGGGAGACACUGGCAGCCGGGGCCCAACAGGAAUGAGAGGCCCCCCAGGGGACCCAUUUCUGUCUAACACCUUCACUGAGACCAGCAGCCACUGGCCCCAGGGACCGGCUGGGCCCCCUGGGCCCCCAGGGCCUAUUGGUCCCCCUGGACCUCCUGGUCCCAUGGGCAUCCCUGGGAGUCCUGGCCACACAGGACCCCCAGGCCCCACUGGACCCCAAGGAAUCUCUGGCCACCCAGGAGAAAAGGGUGAGAGAGGACUGCGUGGAGAGCCAGGCCCCCAAGGCUCCAUGGGACAGCGGGGAGAACCUGGCCCCAAAGGAGACCCCGGUGAGAAGAGCCAUUGGGGGGAGGGGUUGCACCAACUACGCGAGGCUUUGAAGAUUUUAGCUGAGAGGGUUUUAAUCUUGGAAACAAUGAUUGGGCUCUAUGAACCAGAGGGGUCAGGGGCAGGCCCUGCCGGCGUGGGCACCCCCAACCUCCUUCGGGGCAAGAGGGGAGGACACACCGCCAACUACCGGAUCGUGGCCCCCAGGAGCCGCAACAAGAGAGGCUGAGGGCGGUGGUGGCCCCUCGGGUGGACCAGGCCAGCUGCCUCUGGGGACCGCCCAUCCAUAUUUAUUAACGUCCUCAGGGUCCCUCUGCCACCUAGGCCUUUGGGGUAAGCAGGUCUAGGUCCUGGCACCCUAGGCAUGGCUGCCCCGUAUGAGGCUCAGCAGGGACAGGGUCUGAGGAGAGGUGGCCCAGGAGGGAGGUGGGGCCUUGCUUGGGGCCCCGAGCCUGUUUCCCUCUGUGAAAUGGGGUGAUGCAGGCCUGCAGGGAGCGGGUGGCAGGUUCAGGUUCGUGGUUUGUCUUCCCAUCAGCUGCCCAGGCAUCGGGCCUGCAGGCACUGCGGGAGCUGAAGCUCUGCCUGGCCCUCAGCACAUGCAGGGACUUGGAGGGCAGUCGCCUCCCUUCCUCCCCAUCAAACCCCAAACCUCUUCUCUGGUUCUCUGGUUUUUGGUGCUGGGUUCCCAACCCUGAGGUCAAGCUGCCUGAGCUGACAGGAUGCUGUGGACUCCUCGACUCAGUUCUGCCCCGGAGCCCAAGCUACUCCUAUGUCCCAGGUUGGGGGGUGGGGGCAGGGACAUGGAAAGGGAGGAGCCACCUGCUCCCACAGCCUGUGACGUCACAGGAAAUAGGUGCUACCGGCCAAUAAAGGCCCUGGCCUGUUCCCCACCA